GUUUUUCUAAAAAGGACGCUGCAUGUAUUGAGUGAUUUAUUUUCUUUGCUUCGUGAAAUUAUUUGUAUAUUAUUUGAUCUUCGUAAGCUCGGUAACAAGCAUGAAAAAUGGGAACUACUGAAACACUUCAAAACACAAGUGCAGAAGAUUCCGAAGCAUUGAAUCUCACAACCAUUGAUGAAGACAGCAGGAUUUUGAUUUUCGAAUUUUUAGAAUGGGAUGACCUCGCCCGAGUGGCCGAUACGAGUAAAAAACUAUAUACCGCUGCUUGUGAUGUGUACAAAAGGAAAUAUGGCAAAGUAACAUUAAUCACUACACCAAGAUAUGAGACAGAUAAUUCAUUUACGGGAACACGCAUAUAUCGGAACCGAAUUUAUCUGUGGGAUCCCGUUAUAUCAUUGAAAGUUGUCAGAAAUUUCGGACACAUCACCUCACACAUAGCCGUUGGCUGUAGAUUGCCUAAGGACGGCAAGAAGACUGCCUUCGUAUCUUUUCUGAUGAGUUCUUUGGAGAAAUAUUGCUCAAAAUCCUUGAGAGAAUUAACAGAUCGUACAAAUAAUCUAUUAUUUCUCAAAGAAAUACGAAAUCCAUUCAUAAAUGUAGAAAAGAUCUUUUGUACUUGGGUCAGCUUUUCUACGAGUGAAAUUCCAUUCAAUACAUUAUUUCCGAAUUUGAAAUCACUGGAUGUUGCAUGGAUCUCUGGUUCUACGAGUGAAAUGCCAUUCUGUACAUUAUUUCCGAAUCUGGAAUCUUUGAAAACGAGUAUAUCUAAUAAGGUUGCCGUACGUAUUGCGUCCCCAUCUAUGAAACAUUUGUGUAUUACUACUCCCAUGUUUCAUGAAGAAAACAUUGUUUACGAACUGCUGAAACUCAACCCACAACUAGAGAAGUUAGAAAUUGAUUUUAAAAAUAUUUUUCGCCAUAUCAUGUUUUCUCGGGAUGUCAAUCUGCCAAAACUUAAAGACCUAUUCUUAAGAACGUAUUUCAAAACUUAUAACGUUCAGCGAUAUCAUUUUGACAAUGUUACUAAUUUCCAUUUGGUAGUAAAUUCCGACCUUGCAUACGUUCCAUUCACCUUUAACAAACUUGAACGCUUUCAGUUCACUUCGUAUUAUUUCUCUAAAAGUGACACCAUACCAUCGCAUAUUUUUGAUUUUAUAACCGAAAAUAAACACUUGAAAUCAAUCACAGUAUCUAGAUUAGAAUGUGGAGUAACUGAAUUAUUUCAAUUAUGCUCUGUGUUGACAAACAUUGAAGAAUUGUAUGUUGAAGUGAGGAGACCUUUGCCAUCAUCAAUUUCGGAACUCAUUCGUAAUUUAUUUUCAAAGAAUCAUUCUUUCAAGAAUUUAACUUUGGAAGGGCCAAAACUACACUAUGGAUUGGAAGACUUAGAUGAUUUUAUUAAGUCAAAAAUUUCCAAGCGAGAAGAAUAUUUUUCAUAUUCAUGCUUUAAAAUCAAACUGACAUUGAAUCCAUGAACGAUGCAAUUUCUAUGAAUUAGCAGAGAUUGCAUAUUUGCUGCUAUUCAGGCAUGAGCUGAGCUGAAUUUGCUAACUGAGGCGACUGAAGCGGUAUUUAACCGCACUUACGGUGCAAAAUUGUCAUGGAAUGAUAAAAAUUGAUAAACAUUCCAAAAUUCUAUGACAAUUUUGUAUCGUAAAAGCGUAAAAAUACCGAUUCAGGCGCCUGAGUUGGCAAAUUCAGCUCAGCUCAUGCCUAAAUAGCAGCAAAUAUGCAAUCUCUGUGAAUUAGUACAUAUUGAUGUAUUCAUUUUCUCAAUAAAUUACUGAAAUGAAGAAUAAA